UGUCGGAUUGUACUGAUUUAGUUUUUAACUCUGGUGAAUCUGAUUUACUCCAAAAGUUUUACUUGUUUUACAGAAAUAACUUUAAAUGUGUAUUCACUAAGCGCCUAUGUAUUUCCCAGUAGACUGAAUUUCGGUUCCUUGUUUUGUUGUUAGUCAGGAUAUGACAUCUUCCUGAGAUGGGAAAUGAAUGUGUGUAUGUGUGCAUGUGUUUGAAAGAGAGAGAGAAUUUGCAUAUGUGUACCAGAGUGAGCGCCUCCUUCUCUCCACAUAUUUGUGAAAAGCUCUUCACUAGAGCUUUAAGAGAAAGUGAAACUACUGUGAAACUAAUUAGUGCAUUCAGCUCAAUGGUCAGUAUCAUUUUACUAUGCAAGUCACGGAGACUCGACAGCACUGAAAACAUUUGGAAUAUACUUUAACAGAGGAGAAAUACACACCUGUGUCAAGUCACAUUAUUCUAUUUUUCUGACACAUCAUGGGGCCAGUCAUUGGCUGCUACGUAAUUAUAACUCUGCUGUACCAUAAUUUGGGCUGUAGUGCAGCGGAAUGCUUCAAUGCUGUGAAGGCACGUCGAGAUCGUAAAGAAGUAUUUGAGGGAAGUAGUCUCUCGCUGUCAUGUGAGGUUGAGCACUGCGGCAGGAGUGGCUGGACUGGAGGAUGGGGAGUCGUCAAAGAAGAUACUUUCAGCCUCUUACAGAACUCACCCAGGCUUCACAUUUACAAGGAGGACCUGACAAUCAAUAGCACCCGCCUUAAUAUUAACUUCAUCCGUACAAACAUAUCAGACACUGGAACAUAUCAGUGUCGCAUCAACUGGGGGCGAGACUCCAUCAGCAAUGGACAUGUAACAUUUGUGAAUGUCACUGAUACACCUCCUAAAAAAUCUGAGAGGACUGUCCUCCUGAGGGUGUUUGUGUGUGUCUGUGCCUGUUUCUCUUUUCCUCUUGCCCUGGUACUGGCUCGGUGUCUGUCCCACCCAGCCGCUCCACCGGUCCCUCCUCGCCUACACUCUGCCGCCACACAGAGCAGAACAGGAGACGAGCUGGUGUAUGCGGAUCUGACACUGGAGAAUGCAGGAGCCUCAACCCAAAACCCUCCGCACACAGAAGAACAGCCUGUAAUCUACUCUUUGAUAAGCCUCUAGCAGCCUGACAAGUGCAGGUAACUAAGGAUCAGUAUCCAAAGUGACUUACAAGUGUGGUAUAACAAUCGAGUCUACAAUGAGUAAGGAGGUCAGGAGUCGGCACCACAAAUUAUUUGUAGUCAACCUUGCUGUGCUGUGGGCAGUGAAGAGGCAAGUGAAGAAAGUGAAGAAAGUGAAGUGCACUGUAAGUGGGAAAGAUGAUGGAGUUUCGGUCGGUGGGCAGUCACCUGGCAGGAAAGCAUUAGUGACUUGAAUUUCACGUGAAAAGCACCACGGGAGGUUAAUGAACAAUGGCGGGACGUCACCUUUUGGUGGAUCGGAAACCAGACGCGCCGCCUCAUAGGAACAAAAUGUAUCCUAAUUUUUAUUUUCUUCUGCACCAGAGACUGUGGCAAACUGGUCAAUAUAAUUUCACUUUCAGGACAUGUGUACAAUAACUAAAAGAACAUAAAACACAAACCUGACACAAAAUACAACAUUUUUAUUUUCAUAAUAAAUUCUUAAUGGCACAUUACAUAACCAAA